UGUUUUCCUCAUGAUUACACCAUGGUUAACUUCGCCUUCCUAAUUGCUCCCGCUGUGUCUGAAACUCUCGACCCACCUCUUGGGUUUGGGAGUUUGGACUUUGGAGGACUCCCUCCAGUGAGGCAGCAGCCGGCAGGCAAUAAUUACGACACGCCAUACGCUGCGCGCCCGUACCGUACCGCAGCCGGACAACCCGCCCGUUUUUCCUUGCACGAAACGCCGCUGCCCGGCCUGCGCUGCGCUGCGGCCUCACCUACAUCUCGCCUUCUGUCCGUCUGUCUCCACCAGCCAGCCACCGAGCCAGCAAACAAGCAACCGCCCGCGGCCCGCCCGUCCGCGCCCCCGUCCCUGCCCGUACGCGGUACGCCUCGCGCCGGCGAGCGAGCGAAAAGCGAAUGCCGCGGGAGCUCUAGCCCUCGUCGUCCCCUCGCCCGGGGCGGCGGCGUGUCCACCCGACCCAUGAGGAAGCUGACGCCGGCGCACCGCCUCCGGUGGAUGCGCGCGCUGCUCCUCGCGCUCCCGCUCCUCUCGCUCCCCAUCCUCUACGCGGCGCUCGGCGCGGCGCGCUCGUCGUCCUCCACGGCCUCGGCCUCGGCGCCGCGGCUACCCCAGCAGCAGCAGCAGCAGGAGCAGCGGAGGCCGCCCGCGCCGCCGCCGAGGCUGGCGUACCUCAUCACGGGCGCGGGCCCCGGGGACGGCCCGCGGAUCCGGAGGCUGCUGCGGGCGCUCUACCACCCGUGGAACUACUACCUCGUCGGCGUGGCGGGGGAGGACGAGCGCGCGGAUCUCGAGGCCUUCGUGCGCGGCCAGGAGGCGCCGCGCCGGUACGGCAACGUCCGUGUGGCGGCCGCGGGGGAGUGGGGCGCCGUAUCGCGGAGGGGACCCACCGAAUUGGCCGCCACGCUCCACGCCGCCGCUGUGCUGCUCCGGGAGUUCGAUGGCUGGAGCUGGUUCAUCAACCUCAGCGCAUCCGAUUACCCGCUCAUGCCCCAAGAUGAUAUCCUUCAUAUCUUCUCAUACAUGCCAAGAGACCUCAAUUUCAUUGAGCACACAAGCAAUAUUGGCUGGAAAGAGCAUCAAAGAGCCCGACCAAUCAUUGUAGAUCCAGCAUUGCAGGUCCCAAAUAAAACUGAGGUUGUAACAACAAAGGAGAAAAGGAGCAUGCCCUCAGCUUUCAAAAUAUUUGUAGGUUCGUCUUGGGUGAUGCUUAGUCGAUCAUUCCUGGAGUUUUGCUUAUUGGGAUGGGACAACCUUCCUCGCACACUACUGAUGUAUUUCACCAACUUCCUCUCAUCCUCAGAAGGCUACUUCCACACAGUGAUCUGCAACUCUGAGUACUACCAGAACACCACUGUGAACAGUGACCUGCGUUUCAUGGCUUGGGAUAACCCCCCUCGGAUGCACCCUGUUAACCUCACAGCAGAGCAUUUUGAUGCAAUGGCAAACAGUGGGGCCCCAUUUGCACACUCCUUUGCCAAUGAUAAUUCUGUCCUGGAUAUGAUUGACACCAAGUUGUUGGGCCGAGCACAUGACCGCUUCACCCCGGGUGGCUGGUGCUUGGGUAGCUCAGUAGGCGGGAAAGAUCCGUGUACCUUUUUGGGAAGGUCCUUUGUUCUCAGGCCGACCAAAGCCUCGGCCAAGCUAGAGAAGUUGUUGUUAAAACUUUUGGAACCUGAUAACUUCAGGCCUAAACAGUGUAAAUAACACUCAUUUUACAUGGUAGCCAGUUUUUUUUUAUUUUUUUUUGGAGGGUAGUGCUCAGAGGCCAAAGUUUGAUGAAAUGUUUCUGGUUGUUGCGGCAGUAGGCAUACAUACAGCUGUGUUGUUGUAUACUUGCAACUGGAAAGCUCAACUCAAAAGUGAUUUGAGAUCAUACAUGAUAGAGAUCGCUACAUGAUACAUGUACUUUUGCGGUUUCAUCACUUCCACGCCUGUACAAAAACCGAUGAUAAUCAGAGACUUCAGUAGUUCCCUGGAAGUCAGUCUGAUACGAGAGAUUGUCCGAGGUUUUGGCCUUAUCCUGUUGGGACACAAAACGACUUGGUUCGUGCGGGAUUUCAUCAUAUAACACUCCUGUACAAAAAAGUGAAGACUGGUCACGUUGAGGAAGACUUUUUCCCUUCCUCAAAGACUUCAAUGGGCUGUGAACAUAGCUCCCUCGCAACACCGUCUCUUAAAAAUAAGGCCCACUCAUCUCAAGUCACUUAAGCCCAACUUGGACAUCCACGGUCCACCCCACCUUCCAGAAACCGCUCGUACGAUCUCAAUUCUCAAGAACGCUGUAUCAGAGGUAAAAAAAAAACGCCGACUCCCCUGUUCUCGCACCCUCGUCGCCGCUGCCGGCCGUCUGCCCGUCGCAGUCUCCUUCUCCAGGUUAAGGUGAAGCAGCAGAAUGGGUCGUAAGGCUGGUGCUUUGUACAUAAACCCAAAGAAGUUUGGUGCUGUUGCCAAGCCUUGCAUGCCAGAAAUGGUGGCCUUCCUCAACUGCCUGGCCUUAAACAAACAGAACGAUGACAAGUGCAUCAGGCAGAAGGAUCUUUUGGUUCAAUGCACCCAGGCACAGCAAGGGAGGCCAAAGAAUGCAGCGAAGACCAUCAAUUACCAUCUCCAGCGACUGGGGCGUGGCAAGUUCCUCUAGGUGCAGUGAUGUUGAGAUCAUUUCCUCAUCAAGCUUUACUGCCUUGUAUUGAAGUUCAGGAAGACAAUUAUUUUCUUCAAAGUAGGUUUGCAGAAAUGGGGCAUCAAUGUAUUUGCUUAGAAUGGACAAUCGUUAGCAAAUAAUUCUAUGUCAAACAGUAAUUUAUCAGCAGUAUAUUGAUACUGUUUUCUUCUCAUGGAGGCACAUCACAGUUAUGUUUUCUGUC